CCUAUAUUAUUAUUAUCUGCUUUAAUUUCGUUUCCUUUAUUCGUUUUAAAGUGAAUCAUUUUCAGUCGAAUCAGACGGAUCUUCAGGAGACACGAUGAAGUGGGCGGUGCUAGCACUGGUUGUCGCUGUAUGUGUGGGCGGAGCCAUGAGCGCCACGUGCGACUCUCUCCCACCACAGCCAUGUACAGGAGAGGGCGUGCCGGUCUGUGCCACCUUCAUCAAGACCUUCCCCACUGCGUGUGUCUUAGAGUCGCAGAAAUGUGAACUUGCGAAACAAGGCUUUGAAUUUGUAUACCACAACGACGGUGACUGUUGUACCACCAGAGCCAUGACCAUGGAACUGAGCUACCGAUGUGGAACCGACGGGAACGUGUAUGGCAAUCGCGGAGCAAUGGCCUUGGCUGGAUGCCAAACUCGCGACUACAUCAGGGGUCAGUCUUAUGAAAACUGCCCGGAUUUCCCGGAAGACUGGAUACAAUUAAUGCAGUCCGCCGCGCAAUCUUGAGGACGU